AUUUUAUAUUUUUAUCCAAAUAUUGUGAAUUCCUUAAUCAUCAUUAAAAUUAGUUUUAUCAGCUUGCCUACUUUACUGGCUGUGAGAAAAUUGGUAAUAGUUUUUUUUGGAAGUUUUCACACUCGUUAAAACGCAGUAAAGGUGCGACAACAGUUGUUGUUUAUUUAUGUGUCAGUUGUACUAUACGAGCGAGACUUAUUAUACCAUUAUAGAUAGUCUGUUAACGUUUUGAAGUGGCUGGAUCAAAAUAUGCCGUCAAAAGUUAACCCGAAACGACAGAACAAUGAAAAUAGGAGUUUUACUUCUUCAAAUUCAAAAGAAAUGAAAUACAGUCGGCUGUCGAAACACAAUUUACUUUUCAAUGCAAUUUUAACACCAAGAAAACCUCGCAGCAUAUUUGAUAAAACAUUCUCCCGAAACAACAUGUCUGCUACAAAGAACCGUGUGAUGAAAAAUUCUCGACGGCCACGAGUAACGGAAAUUGAGCGAUGCACGAACAUAGCACAGCGCGAACAAUACAAACUACUCAUCGAACAAUACCGGAAAAAUACUUUGGCAGAAACUGAAAAAAUUUUCUUUAAAGCGUCGCCGAAAGAUGGAGGUUCCAACCAGAAGCAAAAUAUUGUGAUUGUUGAUUUAUCUGAGACCGACACAAGUCCUGUGAAUGAGAAGCCAGCCUUGACUACUUUACCAAACAGAGACAAUUCAAGUUUACAGAAAAUUUCACCAAGUUACAAAUACUCUACCUCCGUCCUAUCCAGUAUCUCACCAAGACCCAAUGGUUUGACAAAUGAAAAAGAAGUUUCACAAAGCACAAUAUUUCUCUCAGAUGGAACGAGUUCCAAACCACUCCCACACACGCCCACGACACGCCCACCAGCAACCCUUGAUUGGUUUUCACCAUCAAGUCCUUACUUGUGCAAAAACUUUGUAUCUAACCUGGUUGGAACUUACGGUCGGAGGGAGCGAGAUAGAAAGAGGAUCGUCCAAGAAGAGGAGACGAGAGUGAGACUCCUCCGGGAUAAGAGGAGAAUGAAAGAGGAGAUGUUGUCCGAGAUGUUGAAGGCAAGACUUCAUGUGGAUGUUUCAAUACUUACUGAUGAAAUGGAGGAUUUCGUUUCAUCUGCGUUGUUCCCUAACCCACCACACGAGGUCCUUGUUGAGCAGUUUAAUAUUUCUAUAACUCGAGAACACAUCAUGACACUCGAUGGACUUAACUGGCUCAAUGAUGAGAUCAUCAACUUCUACAUGGAGUUGAUCGUGUCUCGUUCCAACACAACCGACAACCUUCCCUCCUGUCAUGCCAUGAACACAUUCUUCUACCCAAAGUUGAAGAGUCAGGGGUAUAAGUCUGUACGAAGGUGGACCAAGCGUGUGGAUGUAUUUAGUAAAGAUAUCGUUAUUUAUCCAAUACAUCUUGGAGUGCAUUGGACUCUUGCUGUUGUGAAGUUUGGUGAUAAAAGAAUUGAAUAUUUUGAUUCUAUGGGAGCAACAAACACUGAAUGCCUUGAAAUAUUAAAGUCUUAUCUUGUGAGUGAACACCAGGAUAAAAAGAAAGCAGAUUACGAUGUCUCGGGAUGGAAGAUUAUUAAUAUGCCUCACACGGAAAUCCCUCAACAAAUGAACGGAUCAGAUUGCGGAGUAUUCACUUGUACAUUUGCAGAAUAUAUCGCUCGUAAUUCACCUUUAACUUUUAAACAAAGUGACAUGCCUAAUAUAAGGAGAAUGAUGGUGUGGGAAAUUGUUAAUGGGAAAUUAUUACAUUAGUUUUUUUUCGUAAGUGACAAACUAUUUAAACACAGGGGAGGCAGAGAUAGUUAGAUACACAAUCCUGUAAAACAAAUCUAACUUCUUGAUGGGGAUUUUUACUAAAUAAUGAUGUGUGGAAACCCCAGGGUUGCCUGCCCACCCUGCCACCCCAGGUUUGGCGCCAACAGCGAAUAUCAGGUUUUCUUAUUAGUGCGUUGGUAUACAAGCCGUAACGUAUGGUCUAAACUUUGUUAAAAUUUGUUGUGGCACAAAAAGAUCCAGAAGUUCAAGUGUAAUGGUAUUUAAACGUUUGAGAACUUGCAAUAUUUUUAUGAAAUGUCGCAUUCGUUAAAAAGGUUUCAAGUCAUUUGUGUUUUUUAUUGCUUGAACUUAAAAUACCAAUCAUUCUUGUAAAAGUCUUUAUAAUGUCACUGCCUUUUUACUUCUUUGUAAGUCAUCUGAAAAUGUUUUUAUUUAUUUUGAGUUGGACAUACUUUAUAAUAUUUAAAAGGCACAAAAUCAAUUCUCUUGUUCUGUUUUUUGUAAAGCCGAUAUUUUGUUUCCUUGUACUAAAUAAACAUGUAUUCUUUAUUGUUGGGAUUUUGCACCCCUUGAUUUAAAAAAAAAUAAAAGUAUUUUGGGA